CCAGCGCCUCAUCCACUGUGCAACUGUCCAAACAAAUUGGCUGUUGUCAAAUAGUGGGCCCAAAAGAAGGAAAUAUUCCUCGAAAAAGCUUAAAAAUGUGUACUGCAACGUGAAAAACAAACCAUUUUGUAAGUGAAGUCCCAUCCCCAAGAAAAGCGGGCGAACAUUCUGUAGCGCACGGCAGAUUCGCAGGUUUUCGGUGCACAGCACCAGCUAGCAGCCAGAAGAAGUGCUCGCACCCUGUCUAUUGUUUUGCGUCUGCCAGAGAGUGCAGUUCGGUUUUCCGGAGCGUUCGCAGUACAUCGGUUGGUCGGUCGGUCGAUCGGUCGGGUUAGCAAAGCGGAAAAUUCUUAAACCAACGAAGCACAAAAAAUCUCACCGCACAUUUUCCUGCGGUGAACACAAAGAUCAAUAACCUUGUGGGGGCCUGUGUCCGUGUGUGAGUGUUUGGUGUGGUGUGGCCAGUUCUGGUCGCCGAGCGGCCGAUACGGGGUGUUUGUGUGCUCGCUUGUAUAUGGGCUGCUAGAUUAACAAAGUUAUCACAGAGCAGCGCGUUGUGCGGUGUGUAUUUUCCGUAGCAACCCGUGGUUCGAAGAAGUCGUACAAGUGGUGUUGGUGACGGUCAGAGUGUGCUGUUGUGUGUGAAAAAAGCAAAACAUACCGAUCCGAAAAGCAGCUGGUUUGUUGUUGAACCCGAAAUAAAAGAAGGAGGCUGUGCAUCAUGAGUGCGACCGAUGGUGCGGAGCUGAGGAGAAGGUUGCUAGCGGAAGGCGACGGCAACCAGCAACAGCAGGAAAGCCCGAAACAGCAACAGCAGCCAGCACAACAACAGCAGCAGCAGCAGCAACAACAACCGCCGGAGUGUGCCACCACGGAAAACUCGGACCAUGUUGACUCGGAAACGGAAACAGAGGAACGGCUGCCGGACGAAAAGUAUGUGGACGAGAUGGCCAAAAACCUUCCCCAGGGAACGAACAAAAUGCCCGAGGUGCUGGGUGCAGCGUUGAGCGGUCUGCCGGAUAGAUGGAAGAACUGGGUGAUACGUGGCAUCUUCACCAUGAUUAUGAUCAGUGGCUUCUGUCUGAUCAUCUACGGUGGACCUUUAGCUCUGAUGGUUACGGCUCUCGCUGUUCAGGUGAAAUGUUUCCAGGAAAUCAUUUCGAUCGGCUACUCCGUGUACCGCAUCCAUGGACUGCCGUGGUUCCGCAGCCUGUCCUGGUACUUCCUGCUAACGUCCAACUACUUCUUCUACGGAGAAAAUCUUGUCGACUACUUUGGUGUUGCGGUUAGCCGUGUGGAUUCACUCCGUUUUCUAGUCAAAUAUCAUCGCUUCCUAUCGUUCUGUCUGUACUGCAUCGGAUUCGUCUGGUUCGUACUGUCGCUCGUCAAGAAGUACUACAUGAAACAGUUCAGCCUGUUCGCCUGGACCCACGUUGCGCUGCUGAUCGUGGUGACGCAGAGCUACCUGAUCAUUCAGAACAUUUUCGAAGGCUUGAUUUGGUUUAUCGUACCGGUGUCGAUGAUCGUCUGCAACGAUGUGAUGGCGUACAUGUUUGGGUUCUUCUUUGGCCGCACACCACUGAUUCAGCUUAGUCCAAAGAAAACCUGGGAAGGAUUUAUUGGUGGUGGAUUUGCGACGGUUUUAUUUGGGCUGGUUGCGUCGUACUUCCUGUGCCAGUUCCAGUUCUUCGUCUGUCCGAUCGAGUACUCGGAAGCGGAGGGACGCAUGAUCAUAGAGUGUGAGCCGAGCUAUCUGUUCCGGCCACAGGAGUACAGCAUCGCAUUGUUUGGCGCUAGCAAAACGAUCACGAUGUAUCCGUUCCUGCUCCACUCGCUGUCGAUGAGCAUCUUUAGCUCGGUAAUUGGACCGUUCGGUGGGUUCUUCGCCUCCGGAUUUAAGCGUGCGUUUAAGAUUAAGGAUUUCGGUGACAUGAUUCCCGGACACGGCGGUAUUAUGGAUCGUUUCGACUGUCAAUUUUUAAUGGCCACCUUUGUGAAUGUUUACAUCUCUAGCUUUAUUCGUUACGCUUCCCCCCAGAAGCUGUUAAAUAUGGUAUACAAUCUAAAGCCGGAAGAGCAGCUACAACUGUUCAAUCAGCUAAAGGACAGCCUGGAGGAGCGAAACAUUAUCAAUUUAAAUUAAGUUGCGCACCCGGAACGAGCGUGAACCAAGUUACCCCCCCAUCCCCCCCCCCCUUCCCGUGUAUCGCUGUUAUGUUGUUGUAUUAUGUGAUUGAGUAUGGUUUUCGUUUGUUUAUUAUCACCUUUUUGUUUACCCCUUUUUUAUUUACGCUUAGUUUAAUGUACCUCUUUGCCAUUCGGAAGCAAACAAUGGGAACGACACCAUUCUCGAAAUGGGAAAUCAGCAAACGACGCUUGUUUUCUACAGUUUUUUUUUUCUCGUAGUUCUUGUUAAUUCACCGCCCUUCGCCCUAACAUAGAUUGUAGUUGGUCUACUGUUGGUACGAUAGCUACCGGCAGCAUCUGCAUCAUGCUACGAACCGUCAAACAGAACAAAAUCUAUCCAUGAUCUCGGGCUCCAAGUUAUGGGGCCGGCAAAAACACGCAGCUGUCUAUUGAGUGACGCACGGAUUCGCGAGGCAUUUUAUUAAUUGCCUAGUGUGGCCGCAUGGCGCUCGAUAUGCAACAGUAUUCUGCUGUGUAACACGCCUUUGUUUAUAGGAAGAGCUUUCGUUUCGAUUCCUUAUUCCUUUAAAUUUUUACAACGGUACCUUCAUUGAGGCGAAACGAUGGCUUGGUUGGUUGGUUGGUUGGUUAUAAGUUAUUACUAAUAAAGGUCGAACGAUGGAUAAACGAGAAGGGAAAAUGAUGGCAAAGUUCGCGGCAACCGGUAAGAACAUUUGUUUGCAGUAUUCACAUCAUUACAGCGUUCAGUUGGUUGGUAAAUUGUUCAUUAUUGCGUGAUAGCAAUAGGAACCCGCAAUUUACCGCCAAUGACGGGCGAAGGAGUUACAUUUACUACUCGUGGUAGAUAUUAUUGGGAAGCUGCAGAUGGAGAGAAUGGUUCCAACGGGUAGACAAAGCACGUGUUGUAGCCGUGACGAAGCAUAACCGCAUAUAUUUAACCGAACUGAUAGAAAAUCCAGGCUUUCAUUCCGCAAAGUUGAGUGAUGUCUUGGGGGAUGGGGAGUAAAACCGGGGAGAGAAUUUAGAAGAGCAAGUAGUUUUGUGCAAUAGUAUGUAUAUGUAUAUUAUAUACACACACUGUAUGUUGUAGCGGAAUGGUUCGAACUGAAAAGCGGUGAAGAGAGCCCCCCGGAUGAAGGAUGAAGGAGUGCAAUUCAAGAUUACCAAGAGCAUAUAUGUAUAUCGCGUACGUAAAACAUACACAGAGAACAAGAAGAAGAAACACCCUUUCACACUAUAGUGUAAGCAUUAUCGGGAUGUUGCAGCCCCCGUUGGUCUGUCGAAAGAACGCGGAUGUCCUGCAUGUCCUUACAUUACAGUCCAAAGCCAGUCUGCAAAACAGCAAAAGCAAAGGUACAUCAACGUGUAGGUUUGUUUUUUUUUUGUAACCAUAGUGUCCCAUAGGAGGAUUCGAAGAAGGCACAUUCCAGGAACGAGCAGGAUAACGCGACACGCCGCGAGCUCUGUCAAUCAAAGUGUUUCGAUGAAUGCACUGACUGUGUGUGUAGUAGCAAUGUAAGUAUGAACGGGUGGGUGGUGGGGUCGGUUGGAUGGGUGGUUUAGCCAAACGGAACAGCCCGAAUUAAUACGAUGUUUUUCGAUGUUUUACCCACUGGGGGGUGGAAAGAGGUGUCGUCCUACACCAGCUAGAACUAUAUCCACAGCGCGCGCGCGACACAGUGCGUAUCGAUGUUUAGAUUUGGUUUAUUUUAUAUAUCGACGUUUAAAUAAAGCAAUUGAAAAACGGUAUGGUAGAGGACGCGAAUCGUUAGUAUACUGUUAGGAGUGAUCUUCGCAGUGGCAUUGGAAGACCGAUCCCAUUCACGUUAAUGUUUUGUUAAUGUAUUUUUUUUCUUUUGCUUUCUCGUUUUCCAAUAUCGUUAUCGUAUUUGAAAGAGUAGAUAAUGUAAAAGCAAUUAUAGUUAGGUUCGGUUAUGUUUAAUUUUUUUGUAUUGAAAUUUUCUCAUUGUGCCGGUUGUGUUUCACUCUUGGAAACGCCAGCCACACAAAAAUACAACCUUAGCAUACCAAAACCCGAGAAAGAACAACAUUAAGCAAAGAAAUAUAACAUAUAUUUAGCAGAAACUCCAGAGACCACUCUAACCAUGUUAAUCUCGUGUAACGUGUGUAUGUAUGUAAUUGCAAUAAGGGCAAAUCCACUGUGUAAGCCGCCAAUGCAGGCAGACAGCGCGCGAGCGAAGAUAGUGGAGAGAGCUAGUUAAACUCGAGAAAUCAUCGUUAGUCGUUUUCCUUCUUCUAUUCAGCGAGAGGACCGAGAGAGGGAGAGAUAGUAUGAAUUGUUGUCUAUAUAAAGCCUGCCUCCGGGGGCUUUUAUAACAAAACGUUUCGAUAGUGUUUACCGAACCCCCUACGCUGGAGGGGGGAAUUGAAUUAUAUGAAACUUUAGCCUCCCGCGCUAGUACAACACCUCCUGUCUCCUGUCUACUCAAAAGUACCCCCUUAAUAAAGAUGCAACGUUGGGGUUGCCCUCUGUCCACUGUCCCAUUCUCUUCGAUGUGAAUGUAGAA